UGGUGAUGUUUCAAAAUGGCGGCCACCGUUUUCAUCGUUCAGAAAUAAAGGAAGAGAAUUUCUCACGCUUUGCAGCUUUAUGCGGAUAUUUCUUUGUGACAUUUGUCUAUUUUCAAAAACGAUGAUAUCUUUGUUCAGGCUGGUCGUGAGGUGAUAAGGUGAUGAGGAGAGCCUAGACAGCAAUAUGGGUACAUUGUCGAGGAUGCCAGGUCAUGCUGACCUUGUUGUUGACGAGACUUCAUGUGGCCCACUGUGUCAGCACCCUGCUUGCUGGGCAUCCAAUCAGAGACAAGAGAAGGGAUUUCCAAUCAAAAAGGAAAAACAACCAUCAACACCUGGAAAUGAUCUCGAGUUGCCUACACAGGCAAUCUACAACAUUCUGGAGGACUUUGGGGAAGAUCCCCAUGAUCGUUUCCCAGCAAAAUGUAGUGGCCGGCCAGCACAUGAGAGGGUGACAUCUUCCCUACCAGCUCUGCCAACAUCUGCCACACAAGCAAGCUUGAAGACAUGUGACCCAACCCCAGCCAUCACCAGCAGCAGCCGUGAGUCUCUGGAGUCACAGAAGAAGUCGAGGAUGCGGAUGGUGGAGGUGCAAGAGGUGUUUGACGUCGACGACCUCAACAACCAGUGGGACGAGACCUUCCUCACCCGGCAGUAUUAUGUGUGGGUCCCAAACCCGAAAAAAGCUGGACGCAAGCAGAAGACGCUUGACCCACUUGAUAAUAUGUCAAUCAGUAAACUAUCCAGUCAACCACAGCCGAUUCCUUCUAAAGAUGUCACUGAACAAUUGAUCCCAGAGCAGAUGGAGAGAGAGAGAGAGGAAGCCAGAGUGUUUGAUGGUUUCCCUGUUCUGAAGAAAAAGUAUGCAAGUGCCCACUCAGGAGGCAGUCGUGGGACUGCGCUCAGUCGUGGCGGCGCCAGCAACCAGAGGUCUGCCAGACCCUAUAUAGAUGCUGACAGCCUACAAGAACUCCUGGAGCUGCCAAGGGAAAUUCUCAUGACCGUUCUUGAACAUGCUAAGGAAAGGGACUUCACAUCCAAAGAAAGAAUACAUGACAUCAUCCGCCAGUUCCAACCCCUGCCAGAACAUCCCAGUCCCAUCUCCAUCGGGUCGUCAGAACUCCUGCAACAGAAGAAGCUGCGUCUCCUUGGAAACAAAGAAAAGAAUAUGCGCAACCCAGAUCUUAUGAUGGUGAAGCCAGUGUUCCAGCUGGACAGUGGUGUUGACAGGUCAAGUGAGGUCAUCACGCCAGUCAAGGACCUGGCCAGUGAUGUGGGAUCCUCCCGAGAUGAAGAAUCCCUUAGAGGGCUCCCAAAAUUCAAAAAGCCAUUACCAAAUAUUAAAGCUUCAUCGAAGUAUGAGGGAUUAAGCAAAAUCCCCUCCAUCUCACUCGGCCUCCCUGAGCUACCGACAGGCAUCAGACAGACAAGACCUUUCACCUACAAGAAGCAGCAGUAUGUGGACUUCAGCUUAGGUCCAGUCUUCACGCCACUAUCUACUGACCGAAGCACGGAAACACCAGGGUCUGACCAUGGCACCACGGUGAGGGCUAACUUGGCCUCAGCAUCAACCAGACUGCAGGACAGAGACUUGUAUCAGUGUGACAAGAGAUACAGCAGAGAAGGGACGGCCAUGACCAACAGCAGUAUUCCUCUUCAAGGCAUCUCCCCAUCAACUUCAGCCAAACUACCUAAGACACCAAUGGCCACGCCAGUCACUUACUCCUCGCCUACCAAGACCUCCUUCCAAAGAGACAGAACCAACAUGUCCGCUCCCAAUGAUUCCCGCAGUCCGCCGCCAUCCCGGGACAUCUCCACGUCACCUGUGCAGAAGAUGAUUGCCCCAGCCAACUCCCCGAACCAGUCCCCCCCAGGCUCCCCUGAGCCUGGAACAGGAGGUCUUGGUACCAUCCCAGAGAUGCUGAUGGAGAAUGGUUCGAUGCGAAUUGGUCUGUCUUCUCAAGGAAAGAUGGUCAGCUUUGUCGGAGAGGUACCACCACCACCUCCUGGCUCUCUUGACGAGAGGCACACCUACACAGUCUUUCUGACCAAUCCAGACCAUGCUUCCAGUGACACCCAGCCUGGUACCAACCAGGACAGGUCCAACAACUGUGCUGCAGAAAGACCAGGAGGUCAUGAGACGUAUUCCGGAACAGGCAUCACAUCCCCUGCUUCUGGUACAUCUAAUGAAGAAUGGCCAAAUGUGAAUGAAGCUGCAUUUGAGGUUGCUCCUUAUCCUCACUCAACCGGGUUAAGAUCAGACUCUGACCAUCUUAGACUCAGUUCUGACGAAAGGAGUUCCAAGACUCCAGCCUCUAAGUCAAGAUCCAAUUUGGAAAGUCGGGAAUCUGAUAAGAGCUCUGUAGUCAGGUUGAUUAUGGAUGAGAGUGUGAAGACAGAGUCUCCAGGACCUCCUCCUCCUUCUCCUGAACCCAAGGACAUGAAGAGGACAUCGGAGGAGAAGAGGCUGCAGGAUGUCAAGUCCAGGGAGUCUCUGUCCAUGGCUCCACUGUAUGAAGAGAGUGAGUUUGGAGAGUCACAUGGUCUUGAUAGCUCCCAUGGAUAUGACCCUGGAGUCAUGAAAACUGUCUGUGAGGUCAUUCCACAGCCAAAGAGUGGAAAACGGAUGAUUUCUGUAGACACAUUUGUGAAUGUUGAUAUCCAGGCUGACAGGGAUGCCCUCAAACCUGAUGGUGAGGAGACAUACGGGUCAGAGGCUGCAUCUGAUGUUUCAGGUUCUCGGCUGGGAACAGGGAGAACAGAUGCUGAGGAUCCUGCUUCAGAAGAUGGUGGAUCAUCCCUUGAUGCCCCAUUCACCUUGAAAAACCCUGUGUCGGAAGAUAGGGGUGCUCUGGAUGGUCAAGACAGGGAUGAAGUAGAGGUCUCAAGAGAAACUACUGGUUUCAAUAAAGAGGUAGAUCCUUUAAAUCUUUCUUGUAUUAUGGAUGUUGACCCAGUUGAUUAUGACACUGCUCAAGGGAGUGAACAGAACACAAUGCCAACAGAACCUGCAGACAAUCAGGCAGAAUGUCAUGCUGAGUCAUCAGCUCCACCUGCAGAAGAUCCAGAAAUGACUCAAGAGUCCACUGUACUUCUAAUAGAAACCCAGAAUAUGGAGGCAAAUCAUGUGGAUACUGAAGACAAGGAUGCAGGAGGAUCAUUGGAUCAGCAGCCAUGUGUAGAUGCAACUGCUCCACCUCCUCAAGAUGAUGAAUCCGACAAAGAAAGAGGUGGGGAAUCUGAAUACCCACAUGAUGAACAGCCAAUUGAAAACUCCAGUUAUGAUGCAUCUAAAUACACCAAAGUAAAUAAAGAGCCAGAGAAUAUGGACCAGGAACCUCCUACUUUUGCAUCAGAGAAGUCAGUUGCAGAUGUUGAGGAAGAGGAAUUAGUUGACACACCUGCUCCUGUCACACGCACAAAUACAGCCAUCGAAAUAGUGAAAUCUGUGAUAGAAACAGCUGAAGCAAAUGUGGAUGAGCUCAUUAAAUCAGGAGAGUCUCCUGAAAAUACGAAGGAAAUUUGAAAUAUGCAUGUAUGAUUUUAGUGCAGUUCAUGACAAAACUAAGAGUUUUAUAGAAAAAAUUAUUUCUGAUUGUAUUAAUAUAUACUAUUGGAUUGUUUGUUGUACAGUGAUUUUUUUGUUUACAUAUUUCAACAUAUGAGCAUGAUUAUAAGCGUUUAUGUUAAAGAAUGUGAUGUAUAUGAUUAUUUUAUCUGAAAAGGAAUACAGGAUUUGGGCCAAGACAACAAAUGGUAUUUUGGGGCAUAAAGAGUAUAUUUAUUUACAUAUAUAUUGUCUCAAAUACCAUUAAACCACACUUAUUCUUUCAUGACAUAUUCUUUUGUAUGUGCCUUUAACAUUGCAUUGUCACUUUUAUUCAAUCAUUUUAUGUCAAACAUAUAGUAAUCUGCAGUCAAACUGGCUUCCAAUGUUUUAGGAUUAUGAAGUUUCCAAUGAAAUGAAACAGCAUGGUUCCUAUACAUUUUGGCUUAAAAUGUAAACAACUAAGGUUUCCAUGGUGACAAUUUCAAGGUUAAUGAACAUGCAAUGUCUGGGUAUAGAAAUGAUUUACAUUUGGAAUUUGAUAAUGUCUGUGGUGUCAGGAUACAUCCAUGAUAACAUCAGAUACUCAAAUAUUUGAAGAAAAGUUUAUUUGAAGAAUGCAGUGUUCACAGUAUUAACCUUAAGGGUAAAAAGAUCAUGUGUAAUAACUUGAUAUUUGCACUUGUUCUUUUUAGCAGUUCUCAGUGCUGACUGGUCAGUUGAAGCGAUAUGAUGUUACAUGAUCUUAUUGUUGAGAACAAUACAAUAUAACAUCAUCUACUGUUCAUGACAUCACGAACAAUAGGCCGACUUCAGUGAAGAUUCUCUGAAGGGUUGACAGUUUUUCUUCAUUUUCUUCCUCGGAUUACAUAUCAUCUGUUCUCAGUGAAUGCCUUACAUACCUUGUAGCUUGUGGCUUACACCAUUCGUUCACUCGUAACAGAUUGUAUGUAAUUCGUCAAAAGUCAUCAUUUAGUAUUUAGGAAGUAAGUCCUUGUCUCAUGGGAUUAUACAAUUGGCUUCGUAAAAUUACUGACACACAUACACACCCUUGGUUUAUUCCCUAUAAUUAGCAAAUCACACAGGGACUCUUGCUAGAAUCCCCAUCACCCCAUUGCUGGCCAGACAAGGCUGCAAAAUUGGAUCAGGUGGUGAGGCUCUGGGACUUGACUGAUUGGAUGUAAUUUGCCCCAGUGUCAUAGAUUGUUGCUACGUCUUACAAGCAUUGUUUUGUCAGGUCUAAACACAAUUAUUUUCAGACUGUUGUGAUAUGGCUGGAAUAUUGUUGACUGUGAACUUAAACAUUGACUCACUCUAUUCCCACAGUGGGGAUAUCUAAGGCACUGCAAUCUGCUGUGCAGAGUUGCCUCCCUUAGAAAAACCAGAAACCUAUUAUCACAGGUACAAAUCCCAGAUUCACCCUGAUUGUGUUUCUAGGGUUUGUUAGCACCAUGCCAUGCUCGUGGUUUCUCCAAAUUGGUAAACAUCUAAAACCUGCAUCACUUUGGGCCUUCCCCUCACAUUAAUUUGACACACUGAGAUAUUACUGAAAUACUGUUCAAAGAGAAGUUAGACCAAAGUCACAAUGAUUAAAACUACAAAACCUCUUUGUCUUAUGAUCACCAUGACAAAUACACUCAUAUUAUAAUCUCUGUGAUAUAUCAAAGAGAAUCAAUAACAUUGAAAUCAUGUCUUGUAAUAGCUUUGAUCUGUUUUGUAUCAGAGCAUGGAAUCAGUAUGCUGACAUAUAGUUUGAAUGAUCAGGCUGUUCAAGAAACUCAACCACCUUCUUUGUUGAAGGUUGUGAUAUUUGACCAUUAUAUGUUGUGUAUAUGUGAAAUACCAAAUGAGUCAUUUCAGUUGUGUUAAAAGCACUUGCUUCAGAUAACAGUGGAUUAAUGUAUGUCACAACUGAUUAAUAUCCAUGUAAGACUCAGAUGGCAGAUUUGCGAGUCAGUUGUUACAUGGCGUUGUGUCAAUCUGCUGCACAUUCCCCUUCUGUGAUACAACAUUCCAAACAGAUGACAGAUUUGCGAGUCUGUUGUUACAUGGCGUUGUGUCAAUCUGCUGCACAUUCCCCAUCUGUGAUACAACAUUCCAAACAGAUGGCAGAUUUGCGAGUCUGUUGUUACAUGGCGUUGUGUCAAUCUGCUGCACAUUCCCCUUCUGUGAUACAACAUUCCAAACAGAUGACAGAUUUGCGAGUCCGUUGUUACAUGGCGUUGUGUCAAUCUGCUGCACAUUCCCCUUCUGUGAUACAACAUUCCAAACAGAUGGCAAAUGUGCGAGUCUGUUGUUACAUGGCGUUGUGUCAAUCUGCUGCACAUUCCACUUCUGUGAUACAACGUUCUGCAUUCUAUUCUGCAUAUUGUUUUUCUUUAUUCCACCGUCGCCUUUUUACCUUGAUAUCUGUCUCAAAUACCUAAUUACUGAGUGACACAGCCAACAGCAGGAGACUGAUAUCUAUGGAGUCCUCACGCAAUACAAAUCUCCUUGGAUCAAGUUUUCAUUUCGUGAGCAGAUAUUAACUUUGGAUCUUCAAGUGUAAUGGGGUUGAGAAUAAAUUUCAUCGUAUUGAAAUGCAUGGAAUUUAAUACUUGCAGCACUGAGUUGUGAGAAAUAAAUUACAAAUUGGUUUUAACAACUUUAGAACUUUCAACUAAACCAAGUAUGUUGUAGGAUUAUUGAACAAAAUGAGGUGCCAGUCGCACUAACUGAGUGGCAUCUUCUUGUUCAUAUUAUUGACCCAGUGAUAGUUGGAAAUAUAUUUACUGGAACAGUCAUAAUUUAAUCUGACUUUAACUGGUAUUUUCUGUGGCAAAGUGCUACCAUGACUUAAGAUAUGUCUGGUAAACAUCAUGUAGGCAUGAUUGGUACUGGUUGCUAUGGUAACACCAUGUAAGCCUGUUUUAAUAAAUGCCUUGUACCUGAUUAUUUGGUCCAAUCUCAUAAAAAUCGGAUCUUAGUACUUGCUUUGGAUAUAAUUGUACUAUACUUCACCCAAAUGACAUUCACAGAUUUGUGCAGAGUCUCUUGCUCUGAUAUUUAUUGUUGUCUUGGCACCUUGUUUGUAAACUUGUGUCACCCUGGUAACAGCAUUCAAUUACCAUACAGCAUUAUGAAUUAUAUUAUAUAAUGUUUGGAAAUAUCAAUUGUCUUCAGUCAAUCCAAAAAGUAUUAUGAAGAUCAGGGUUGUCAGUGUAUUGUUUUUUUAUUACAGUUCUUUCUUCUUGCCACAACAUGCCUUAUCCCCUUUGAAGCACUAUGUAUCGUGACAAACCCUCUACAACACAAAACCCUCUAUAAUACCAAACCCUCUAUAAUGCCUACCCACUAUGAUGUCAUCCUGCUAUGCCAAACCCUCUAUAAUGCCAACCUGCUAUAAACCACAUCCUCUAUGAUGCCAACCUGCUAUAAUACCAAACCCUCUAUUAUGCCAAACCCCAUAUAGUGCCAAACUCUCUAUAAUGUAGAUGUCCUUUUGUGUGUAGAUUUUAAUUGUAGAAGCCAGUUUUAAAUGUGAUACUUUUAUGGGCCAGUUGACCACCAGACAAUAAUAUUCAUUUUUAAAACAAUUGCAUGUGGGUAUAUUACAUGAUUGGUGUGAGUUUAUUUGGUUAAAAACUGCUGUAAAGGUGCAAGAUUGGAUUUGCAUGUAUUUUGCCUUUGUCCAUCUUGUGUGUAUUCUCUUGGCACAUCUUUGAAUGACAUAUUUCAUCACACAAUUCCUUACUGAGCACAAAGAGGUUGGCUCAUCCAGUGAUGCCUACAAUCAUGAUUUGUGAGUACAUAAGAUAGCAUCAGAUCUACACAGCAAUAUGAAUUGCAUAUGUAACAUACUAGUACUAGUCAGCGACCUAACUCACUCAGCCAUUAUGGCUUCCACAAAAUGGAAGUUAAGCAACUGGUAGUACUUUGUGCACCUCUUGAUACAAGUGCAUGUCACAUCCUGCAAUGAAGCUACCCAUGGUUCCUGUUUGUUUUUGCAUUGCAUCACGAGACAAUUAUCAUAUAUUCUUUUUAGACAGCUAUAUUCAAAGAUCUGUUUUGUUUAAUACUUCAUAAAUUCCUUCAUUUUCAUUUGUUCUGUGAAUUUUAAAAAUGCAAAAACGAUCUUGCACCUUUAAGGCAAAACUUCAGUUGGGUCAAAUCUGCUGAUUAAUACCUGUAAUCAUAAUAUUAUGUCCCCAGAAGAUGUCCUUUGCUGGGAUUCUGCUGAGAAUGGUUUCUAUGUGUGAAAUAAACAUAUAUUAUAUCUU